UUUCACUCAUAAAGAAAGAUUAAAGGAAAAGAAAAAAAAACUUACAUGUAGCUUUAUUCAGACUUGGCCACUGUAGUGGGCAGGGUCAAUAGUGCAACAACAUUACAUAAUCACUAAUUAUAUUAAUACUGCAUGAUAUUAGUAUAAUUUUAAAAAAAAAAACAUUUAAAAAAAGUUUAUUCACUAGGUUUUAAGAUAAGAAACAAAAUUCUGAGGUAUGGGUGUGCCAUGACCUAGUUAGGACAAAGAUGGAUUCCAGGAAGGGAAAAAAUGUCAGUGAUAACGUCCCAUUUUUUAAUCUUCCUUCUUCCCAUGUCCUUUAAAUGGUGCAAACAUUACAACACAGUGGUGAAGUCCACAGAGAGACGAUGGAAAGCAGAUAUAAGAUCCCUUUUGGAACCAUGGAGAACCAUACUGGCCACUGAGCUCCGCAGCGGAAAAAUGGCCGCCAGACGGGUCGGCCGCCUCGCGCUCCGCUCUCUGUUGGAGGAAGUCUCGCUCCGGCUUCUAAUACACGAGCCGGGGUGGAAGCUGCCAUGUGAUUGGCUGCCGGCUCCUGGCGCUGUUAACCAGCCAAUCGCCGAGCGCUGCGCGAGAUCAGACAGUGUCUCCGUCCCGCGGAUCCGAAAAAAAAAACCCACCGCAAUGAAAUAGAAAACAUUAAUUCUCCUUCACAAUAAUUUACAAUAGCGAUACUCUGAGCUUUGUCCUUGGCUUUCCUUGGCGGAAAGGCGAAAUGGAGCCGCCUUUGUCAUUCAUUGGCUCCACUCGCUGGCAAGGUCUGAUUUAAUCAAUUAGCGUUUUUGUUUUCCGUUUGUUUCUAAAUAAUCUCCGCAGUCCGUAUACAGGAUCCCCAUGUCGAGGCAGUCACACAUUUUAGUAGUCAUGUAAAAAAAAAAAAAAAGAAAUGCUCUGACAGGACUGCUAUUCCAGAGCAGUGGUGAUUCCUCACCCUACUCCAGGCUCCUAUCCAUCUUGUUUCCUCCUGCUGGCGUGAACAGAGGCGGCACUUUCGACACAUUUCUCGAAACCUUAAUUCAUAAUCGAACGUGCCACUGACCAGAGCGGUACGUCUGAUUCUCCCGGAUCGACGCAUAUCAAUUGAUAUUUGAUAUGCUCUGGGAAAAGGCGCUCUGUAGUGAAGAGGACGUCGUGCACGGCGAGUGCCGAAAGUGCGGUCGUCGCUAUGUGUGCUCGCGCGGCCGCGGUGUAUUGUGGGAGAGACUGAGGAUCCCGAGCAGAGGCACACAAUAUGCGUUGGCUCGCAAAAAGGAGGCAGGAUCCUUUAAAAGCAUGUAAUGUAAUCGGGGGAAUGUAAAAGACCCCUCCGUUUCGGCAGAGAAAAAACCAAACGGGAAAAGGUGCAUCAUGUCGAAGGCGGGCGAGAGGAGCAGGGCGCACGAAGAACACGGCAGAAAGCAGAGUUCAAGUGUGGCGAACGGGCUGGAGCACACCCCCCCGGUGUCCGGCUCGGGGGAGAAGCGCAGUCACCACUGGAGGAGUUACAAGUUGAUCAUCGACCCGGCGCUCAAGAAGGGAUCGCAUAAGCUGUACCGCUACGAUGGGCACACGUUCAGCGUUCCCAACACAGGGAUGCCCCCGGUGGACACGGUUCGAGACCCGCGCAUCGGCCGCCUCUGGACCAAGUACAAGGAGACGGACCUCCCUGUGCCCAAGUUCAAGGUCGACGAGUGCUACGUGGGCCGCGUCCCUCCCAAGGAGGUGACGUUUGCCAGGCUGAACGACAACAUCAGAGAGGGGUUUUUGACAGACAUGUGCAAGAAAUUUGGGGAAAUCGAAGAGGUGGAAAUUCUGUACAACCCAAAGAACAAGAAGCAUCUUGGGAUCGCGAAAGUGUUGUUUGGUUCCGUGAAGGCGGCUAAGGACACGGUGCAGAACCUGCACAACACGUCCGUCAUGGGGAACAUGAUCCAUGUGGAGCUGGACCCUAAAGGUGAGAACCGCAUGCGGUACUUCCAGCUCCUGAUUAACGGUCUUUACACACCCUGGACUCUGCCGCUGGGGGGUGAGGAGGCCCGGGACGCUUCUCCACCCAGCCUUGCGGACACUGUGCUGGCCGGCGACCUGGGAAGGAGGCUCGCCGAGGGCGGGUCUCUCGUGGCCGGGGGCACCGCCACCCCCAACAGCACGCACACGCCCCUCUCCCUGGACACAGCGUACUCGAGCCUGCGGCAGGACACACCCAGCAGCUUCGGCCACACGCCGCAGUCGCAGGGCACGCCGCACACGCCCCGCCUGGCCGGCACGCCCUUCUCCCAGGACUCGAGCUACUCGAGCCGCCAGAGCACGCCGGUGCACCAGCUGAGCCGCAGCGACGCCCCGGGGGGCUACAAGAGCCGGCGGCACGAGACCAAGUUCCAGGAUGCGUAUAACCGGCGGCCGGAGCGGCAUUACGUGCACGGCACCAGCAGCACUUACCGCGCCUCAGAGCCGGCCCCGUUCUCGGGCUCCGCCUUCAAAUCCCACCCGCCGCCGCCCCCGCCGGAAGCCACGCCCCCAGCCCCACCCGUUGCCCCCAGCAGCUACAAAUCUGCUUUCUCGCCAUACCAAGCCCCCCUGCCUCCCAUGUAUGCCCAUGCGGAACCGCCCACCCAUCCGCCCCCCCGGGAGCCCGAGUAUAGGAGACUGCCCCCGCCCCCGCCUGCUGCCAAGCCCUUUUCGCUGAGCGGUGCCCCCACUGUGGACUUUGUGCCGGUGAAGGAGAAACCGGAGACGCCACCGCUUCCCGAGCCGCCGCCCGCGGCUGAGUCCUUCCCCCCGGUGCCCGCCAGCCAGACCCCCGAGCGCUGCCCCUCCCGUGGGACCCCGACCCUGGAGUCGGAGCGCCACAGCCUGGACUCGCGCAUCGAGAUGCUGCUCAAGGAGAAGCGGAGCAAACUGCCCUUCCUGCCCGACCGUGACUCGGACACGGAGGUGCGCAUGGAGGGCAGCCCCAUCUCGUCCUCAUCCUCCCAGCUCUCCCCCAUCCCUCCCUACGUGGGCGGUUCCCAGCCCGGCCACCUGAGGGCUUCACCGGUGUCGCGGCCCUCCAGCACCGGCUUGGAGGACAUCAGCCCCACUCCGCUGCCCGACUCGGACGAGGACGAGCCCAUCCCAGGAACGUGCUCCCUGGUUCGAAGCCCCCUGGCUCCGCCGCCCAGCGACACCCACCCACAGGGGAAGAACCAGGAAGGUGCGGGGCAGGGCAGCGUCUCUGUCUCGGGGGACCAGACGCCCACAGACAAAAUGGAUGUGGGUCACCAGUCUUCCGGCGAGGACAUGGAGAUUUCGGACGAUGAGAUGCCCAGCACGCCCAUCACCAGCGGCGACUGUGUCAAGGGCCUGGUGGUCAGCCCGUCCGUGGGCCCCAUCCCCAUCCCACCCCCCGGGUUUCCCCCGCUGCCGCCGCCCCAGACGGCCUACCCACCGCUGCCCCCGCACCUGCCGCCCCACCCGGCUGUCCCCGGGCCGCCGCCGCCGCCCCCUCUGCGCGGCCCACCCGGCGUGCUCCCCCACCACAUGCUGCACCCGCUGCACCCGUACGCCCAAGGCAUGGUACCCAUGAUGCAGGUGGACCUGGUGAGCUGUCUGCCCCAGUGGCCGGGCGGCAUGCACAUGUCCUUCCAGAUGCAGACGCAGAUGCUGAGCCGCAUGAUGCAGGGCCAGCGUGCCUACCCGUACCCCCCCUAUCUGGGUGCGGCGAGGGGCGGGGUGCUGCCGUUCGGUGACCCGUACCGCUCCUUCCCGGUAGGGGCCGGGCCAUCUGCAGGCAUGGGCCCCGGGCAGCCCUGGCCCCUACCCGCCCUCCCCAAGUUCAACCCCGCCGUGCCGCCGCCAGGCUAUGAGCCCCAGAAGGAAGACCCACACAAGGCCACGGUGGACGGCGUGCUCAUGGUCAUCGUGAAGGAGCUUAAGGCCAUCAUGAAGAGGGAUCUCAAUCGCAAGAUGGUGGAAGUUGUGGCCUUCAGAGCCUUCGACGAGUGGUGGGACAAGAAGGAGCGCUCAGCUAAGGCUUCGCUCACCCCGGUGAAGAUUGGAGACGGAAAGGAGGAGGACAAGGAGAAGCCCAAACCCAAAGAGACCUUAGCCUCCAGUCUGCUGGAGGGUUGGAACAAGGGAGAGGGUCUCGGUUUUGAAGGCAUGGGUCUGGGCAUGGGUUUGCGUGGAGCCAUCCGGCUGCCCUCCUUCAAGGUGAAGAGGAAAGAACCCCCCGACUCCACUUCCACAGGAGACCCCAAGAGGGCCCGGCCAUCUACACCUGUAGACGAAGAACUGGAGGAUGAAGAGACGGAGCGGGACCGGGACCCCACUGACCUCCCGGCUGACGGCACCAAAAAGGAAGGGGACGUGGCAGUGGCACGGCGGAGACACGCCAGGCCCCUGGAGCUAGACAGCGAGGGCGAGGAGGAAGAGGAGACUUCUGGGAAAGAGGAGGGGGAGGAGUCGUCAUCUUCGUCAUGUGAUGAAGAGGCGGAGGAGUCUGACAUUUCAGAGAAACUCUCUUCUCCUAAGGGUGAUGACAAAGACGACGGUGAUGAUGAAGAAGAGGAAGAAGAGGAAGACGAAGAGGACAGAGCGAGCUCCGACUCCAGCGAGAGGGAAGACUCUUCUGAUGAAGAAGUUGACGUCACCGCCUCUUCGAAGGCUGAUUCGGACUCCUCGGAGGAGAGCGAAGAGUCGUCGGACUACGACUCGAGCUCUGAGGAGGAAGAUGAAGAUGCGGAAGACGUAGACACGGAAGAUGUUGAUGCGGAGGAUGAGGACGAGGAGGAGCGAGUGCAUCAGGAGGAGGAGCCUCGGGUGUUGUCGUCAGGUGAGGAGGAGGCGGAGCCAAAGCCGCCGGCCACCCCGACGGCACCGGCGGCCCCCGAUGAGGAGCUGGAGCUGGCUCUGCUGGCGGUGUCCGAGAUCGGCAUGGAGGAUGAGGAGGAGCCUGAGAUGCAGCAGCAGCACAGGGUGUUCCUGGAAACGGAGGAAGCAGCCAGUGCCAUGCGAACACGCCUGGAUGACCCCGUCGCUCACCUCCUGCCCGCCGAGCAGGGCCUCGAUCUCCGGCCUCCCUCACCCAAAGGGCUCCCAGCCGAGGAGCCGGAGAUCGAAGUGGAGCCGGACCUCCCGGAGGUGAAGAUGGAGAGUCUGGAGGACAUCGGGACUCUGUGGCCACCCACCCCAACAGGCUCCCUGGGCGAUAGCGACUUGGACGUGCGUUUGAAGAACAAGUUCUCGUCACCCGUUGUGGAGGAGGAGUUUCCGCGCACACCAGGAGGGGAGGCGGCAGUCUCGCUGGAAACGGAGCAGCCCGUCGACAAACUGCAGCCUCCUUCCUCCCUGCCGCUCGCACACCUCUCUGCCGGAUCUGCGGUUGAGGCCCCACCUUCGCUGCUGCCCCCAGAGCUCCCUCCCGACCCCCCCGUGGUUGGGAAGCUCGGUGUGGACGAGGACGUUCCCCGCACUCCCGGCAGGGACCUGAUGGGUAAGGUGGUCGCGAGCCUGGGGAAGUCGCAGAGCACGGACACGGUUCCCAUGACGCCGGACAGCGACGCCCCUCUCACUGGGAGCAGCCUGAGUCUCAUCUCGCCCCAGGUCCUGGGCAGCCCUUUUUCGUACCCAUCUCAGUCGCCCAGCCUCAGUGCGGGGGUCCCGCGCACCCCUGGGAGGGAUUUUAGCUUCACACCCACCUUACCCCCUGUCGUCCCUGACGUGCCUGCCACAGCCUUCAGUAUCCCCAUCCACAGGAAGUCCUCUUCUGACAGCGUAGAGGAGCGUGUGCUCUUCAAAGAACCACCGCCCAGCGGCUCCCCCCAGGGCCCCCUCCCGACCCCGGUCCCCGUAGGUCUCGACGAGCUGGAGUCCCCCCAGUCAGCACCCGUGUCUCCGCCGCUCGAGAGCCUUUUAGAUGCCACCGCCGUGCCGAAGGAGCAGCCCGCCGUUCCACCUAGCGAACCGCCUGCUCCGCCUGAUGUCACGCCGCCCAAGAGGAAACCAGGGCGUCCGAAGACCAAGAAGACACCAGUGGCUGUCCCUCCCCAGGAGGUGCCGCAGGCAGCUGACGUGCCCCCAUCCGAGCCUCCUAAACUCCCGGUUAAAGAACUGUUCCCAGAGGUAACCGCAGCAGCGGCAGAAGCAGCAGGCUGCCCCACGGACCCCUCAACAGUGACUUUGGACUUCCGGGAAGGAUGGGAGGAGCCAAAAGCGCAGGAUGCCACACCCUUUGCAGAAGCAGACAUCUUUCCAUCUCUUCAGGAGGAGCCAGUGCUGAGGCCGCAGCGGAGGGUUCGGCGGCGGCAGGAGGAGCUGCUCCUUCUGGCCACGCAGCCUCUGGUGUCCCCGCCUCCCGCCACGCCGUGCUUCCGCCCACGCUCUGAAUUUGAGGAGAUGACCAUCCUCUACGACAUCUGGAAUGAGGGCAUCGAUGAGGAGGACAUCCGCUUCCUGCAGGUCACCUAUGACAAGAUGCUGCAGCAAGACAUUGGCAACGAUUGGCUGAACGACACUCUGUGGGUCCCCCAUCCUCCUACCAGCAUCCCCACAGUGAAGAAGAAGAAGCGAGAGGACGGCAUACGCGAUCACAUGACCGGGUGCGCCCGCAGCGAGGGCUACUACAAGAUCGACAAGAAGGACAAAAUCAAAUACCUCAACAGCAACCGACCGAUGGCGGACGAACCCCCCCAGGACACGCAGGGAAUGAGCAUCCCGGCUCAGCCGCACACCACCACGCGGGCGGGGUCCGAGCGCCGGUCCGAGCAGCGCCGGCUCCUCUCCUCCUUCAGCUGCGACAGCGACCUCCUCAAGUUCAACCAGCUUAAGUUCCGCAAGAAGAAGAUCCGGUUCUGCAAGAGCAACAUCCACGACUGGGGCCUCUUCGCGCUGGAGCCCAUCGCGGCGGAUGAGAUGGUGAUCGAGUACGUGGGCCAGAACAUCCGACAGGUGAUCGCGGACAUGCGGGAGAAGCGGUACGAGGACGAAGGCAUCGGCAGCAGUUACAUGUUCCGCGUGGACCACGACACCAUCAUCGACGCCACCAAGUGUGGCAACUUCGCUCGCUUCAUCAACCACAGCUGCAACCCUAAUUGCUAUGCAAAGGUCAUCACGGUGGAGUCGCAGAAGAAGAUUGUGAUAUACUCUCGGCAGUCCAUCAGCGUCAACGAGGAGAUCACUUACGACUACAAGUUCCCCAUUGAGGAUGAGAAGAUUCCCUGCCUCUGUGGGGCGGAGAACUGCCGAGGAACCCUGAAUUAGAGCGUGACCACGUUGGGUUCACCCUUGUUGACCUAGGGCCUCGUGGCAUCAGGGUCUCCCUGAACGAAAAUGUGGCUUCACUGGUGUCUCCCUGACCUAAAGUGUGACAGCACUGGGGUUAUCUAAAGCAGCAUGGGAGGCAUCGUCUAUUACCCUGCUUCAGUACGGUGGACUAGCGGGGGCCUUCAGCAUUGGGGACACCCUGCCAGUAGGAUCCUUUAGCACUACAGGCACCCUACAAGUAGAGUCCAUCAAUGUUGGGGACGUUCUGCAAGUAGGGUCAUUCAACAUUGGGACACCCUACAAGUAGGGUCCAUGAGCUUUGGGACACGCUGUAGUCGGGCCGUUGAGCUUAAGUGACACCCUGCCAUAGGAUCUUUCAACAUUGGGGACACCAAGCAGUAGUGUCCUUGCUAUGAGGGACAUCCUGUAAGUAGAGUUCUUCAGAACAGGCUCAUGGGAGUGAACUCCAGUGUGGAUGAGAGCCCAAACCCAGUGGGACAAGGGAGAAUCACAUGGGAAGGAGGUUCUGCCAGCGCAUCGCACACAUCCCUGAGGCUGCCUUCUGCCUUGCUCUCUGCUGCGCGGGUGUCCGGCUGAUGUGUUCGUACCUUCACCUUGCCUGUUUACAGUUUGAGGUGCUCUCGACAAGGGUUUGACGUGUGUCCCGAAUUUUCUCCACUGCACAACCGCACAAACACUAAUUGUUGUACUCAUCAUACCUCCUGCUGCCCUGGUCAGCUCCCAGUUAGCCGCCCCUUCAUCCCACCGUCCAGAUCUCCACCCGCCCGCCUCGCUGACCUUCGUUGCCGCACGGUGGAGCUCCCUUCUGGCAGUGCUGCUAUUUCCCCCACAUUUCCUGCUCAAGUGACAGUGUAGCGUACGGUACGGACUGGUGUGAAGGGGUCUGGCCUUGGCUGACUUGACGAAAUAGACAUGUGACUUGGGUCGCCAUGGCAACGCUGAUGGACUCGCUGUUUGCACUGCGCUUCAAUCAGUGGUGUGAGCAGAUCUGAUGGGUCCUACCUGCCAGCUGCAAGCAUGUUCCUACGCACAUGUGUUGCCACACUAUAGUUUGUCUUGCUGAUCAAUAAGCUUAUUUUAUGGUCACUCAAGUAUCACCUAAGUGAAAGUAGAUUCAGGCUGCAAAGAUUGUUAGGCAGGACUUUGGUCCUGGUUCCGUUAAUCUGUUCAUUAAUGGGUCAUGGGUCAUAUUACGUGUAGUGGGUCUGGAUGAUUUUUCGUUUCAAGGAGACCUUGCUGAGUACCAAGCGCAGUAUUCGAUACUUUGCGGCCCCUGUUGGUUCUUGAGGAAGUACGAGACCGACAGGAAGGCAGUUCUGUUCCCUUUGUUUCCCUCCGUCUUUGAACGGCUCUCGCCGGUCAUCUCGUGUCCAAGAACCGGUCUGGUGCUGUUUCGGAGGUCUGCUCAGACCCCUGGGCCCCUGGAUGUGGCCGGGAUGGUUUUUAAGACUAGAGAUGUGGUACCACUGUCCCUUCUUAAGGAAAUAUCUUCCAUUCACAUUGAGAUGUUGCUGGGCUGGUCCUUGGAGGACCUUGUGUAUUUACACCCCCACCCCCCACAGCUGCUCCAGCCUGGCUGCUGAUUGGCUCGUGGGCAUGUUCAUCACUAGUGUCUAUCGCACAGCGCUUAAAAACUGCAAGAGUAACACUGGUUGUGAUGUCAACGCCCCCCCCCCCCCACCCCUCUCACCCGGUUGGCACCAGUCCAUGCUUCAGUGAUUUAGUCUUAAGGUCUUGGAACCUUUGGUGCUACAACGAAGUCAGAAAGGGAAACGUUGAGUAGCUUCAGUGUAUCGACCGUUUAUUUGGCUGGCAGAGACCUGCACUCCUGUAACACCCUCUCCUGAACCCCCCAACCUGGAGCCUGGUCCUGCUGUGAACCCCAACUCCAGUAACCUUCAACCGUCAUCUUAUCCAUCAAGCGCCCAACUCAACACUAACCCUCAGUCAACCUCCAACCUUCGAUACUGUAGUGACCUUCAACUCAACAACUCAACCGUCCUCUAAUCCCAGUCAUUCUCUUAACCAUCAAUGCUCUAGUGAAUCCCAGCUCUCAAAAUAACCUUCAACUAUCCUCUAAAUCAUCACGUUGUACAUGGGUACUCCUGUAACCCUCAACCAUGUAGCCCCAGUCAAUCUGUAGUACCCUAGUAACCCCCCCAUCAUCCUGCACUCCUGUAACCCUCUGCUGUCGUGUAGCUGUCAGACAUCCUGUGAACCUUUCAAAGCCCCAAAGCCUCAUAUUCUCAUCAGCACCCCUUCAACCCUCAACCUAAAGUCUUAUGCUCUUGAUCCUCAACAGUCAAAAAAAAAAAAACCCUCCUACCCAACCCUCCUCAAACGCCGUCUUCUACCCCCAACCCAGAAACCUGCUCUCUAUUAACCCCCAGCUCCCCUGUAGACCUCAACUCCCUUCAAACCCCCAACCCAGACUCCAGAGAGGUUAUGCCAGAGAUCUGCAGUUGUGGCCCAGAAUCUCAGCAUCAUCCUGGUCUCUUCUUACUCACGGCUGUCUACUCCUUUAGCCAUGUAGCUGUUAGGACAGUAGACCGCCUCACCCGGCGGUCCAGGCGUCACUCGGGCGCUGAUUUAAACGGAUGCCGAAACCUGCAGGACUCCGGAGCCCUGGAUGCUCCUAGGGGUCGAGCCUUUCUGACACGUUCCCCUUCCCGUGGCACGUUCUUCACGCGGUGCUCGUUAACGUAGCAGCAGGUGGGAGAGUGCACGUCCUCAUCUCCUGUGUCCGAGCGCCUAGUGAAGGUCUGCGGCGGUCGCUCUCGCGCGACACUUUUACGGUCGUCGUCGACGUUCUGUUGUUACUAAUGCACUAGGGCCUGGAGCCCCACUCGCCAAGGGCCCCGGACUGUGACCCGGAACCCGGGUGAAUCCGUCGCACCUCGGGCUCCCAGGGGUCACGCAGAGCGGGGCUUUUUAAACCAUGUAGCCAUGGAUACUGUACAGCUUCAUUUGUAUGCGAGGAGUUUUUAUCUCUCUGAAUUGGGGGGAGGGAUCCUUUCGUUUUUUUUUUAAAAAUAUAUUUAAAGUGGUGGUGUUUUUCAGGGAGCAUUAAAAGAAAGUGAAAGUGACUGUUUCUCUAAGGCAUAGGCACGCCUCACGUUACAUGAAUCCAUAACUUCCCUCGGAAAGAGUGUUUCUUGUGGAAACGUCGUCUUUUUCCCCCCCGACCCCCUUUUCUCGGUAACGUCUCACCUGUAAAUAGUAAUUGUGAAUAUUUUCGUCUGUGGAGUUUGCUGCGGGGAACCGUUGCAACGAGUUCGGCUUGUGUCAAGCCCCCGAUGUAAAUUGUGUGUACAGGCGCCGCGGGGGUGCGAAGAGGAGGAGCGAUUGCUGUGAGCGAAAGGCACCCCCCCCCCCCGACCCCCCCGGGGCCCUCACCUGCUCCCUCGACGGUCUAAUUUAUUACGAGGAGAAGAAAUAAAAGCUGAAUUGAGACACGCGGAGACGCGCAACGCGAGAACCGCGAGUGUCGUUCCCGGACGGAGUCUAACGCACAACCGGUUCCCCUCCACCUGCCGCCGAAGCCGAGGGUUCGAGCGGCGUCCGGAGGAGGACCGCACACCAGCUCCACGGUGUUUGCGGUCACGCUCGCUGCCGUUUCCCCCCUUUCCAUCCGUGCCGUUCUUGCCCGUUCCGAGCGCGUUCGCACGAGCCCGUGCAUUAAAAGGUAUGGAUGUUGGAAUUUUUGCAAUAAAAGAAAAAUCUAAUGUCUGAGACAUUUUUAUUAUUUUUUGUGACUAAUAUGGUUACAGGCCUGCAUUAAAAUGUACAAUUUAGUUUUUAUUUUUUACACUUUUUUUUUUGUCCACGGUUGAUGUGCUCUGUAUCUGUUGUCUUGCGCUACGAUAUGUUCAUAUUUUUGUGAAUUCAUGAUUAUGUAUCAUUGUAUAUAGUAACUUUUAUAAAGCAAUCCAUAAACAUACUGACCUUUUGUUAAUGGUUCUGAGCCGUGUCUUUUUGUCACUGCCGCUUCAGCCCAUAUUCGCUUGAAGUCGUAAGAUGCGGGUUAAGAAAAGGCCCACAAAGAGGCGGUGAAAGAGCUCAGAAAUGAGGGGGAAAAGGACGUCUGGGAUUCAUUUG